AUGGAAACACUAUUUGAAGAUAAUUUUAACUUUGUAAAAUCAAAUGUCAUCACAUUUAAUUGCAAGAUAAUGUUAUAAUGUGGCUUUAAAAUAUUGAAUUACUUGUAAAAAUAAUGGUUACCAUUCUUCUUCACUCAACCAAAAUAUCGAACUCCAUUUUAAUAAGUUCCAAACAUAUUUUAAUAAAAGGAGCUGAUGCCUUUUGUAUUCUCUAAAAUAAAAUUAGGGAUGAGAUUAUCAUAAAAGGUUCUGAGUAUAUGUGUGGUUAAUGGAUAUAAUUCUUCAACAUCCUUACAAACAAAACCAUUUAAAGUAGAAUAAUGUGGACACUUAGCCACACAUUUUCCUUUUUACAAAUUAAAUCAGACUUCCAUGUGCCACAAAUAAGUUUGCUUAGACAUGAAUUACAAUUUGAAUAAAAUUUUAUUGUAUUUAUAAUAAUUUACCAUUGUAAAUUUUGAUCACCUGCAACAAAUAUAAUAAUAUUAGAAAUAGACAAAGCAUCAAUAGUAUAAUCUAUAUGAUAUAAUAAAUAUCCAUUUGUCUCGGUCUCAUUAUAAAAGUGUAAUGGAGAUAUAAACAUCUUUAUCUUGUCUACUUAAACAUAAAUUUCUGCUUAGAUUUAAAAAUAUAAAUAUCUCCUCUAAUUCUUAAUUCUUGAUAAGUGUAAGCAUUAUUAAACUUAUAAUUUAUCGAUUAACCUAAAAAAAAUUACCCUCCGCCUUUUCCAUUCACACAUGUAUUUUCAAGUAGUAAUUGACACUUGGUCAUGAUUAACUAAGAUAAUAAAAGUCAAUCUUAUCAAGUAUUAAACAACUUCAUGGUAUUUGA